GCUCGAGACGCGUCCGCGCAGGCGCGGGAGGUGGCGCAUGCGCCCUUCUGCUUCCCGCCUGUAAUGGCCGCCCUGCUGUAUUUUUUCUGCCCUUUUUAUUUUUCUUGGUCUUCAUUGAUCUUUGACAGAGAAGAGGAGAGGUAUCCCUGCAAGAAAUAAGACAACAAUCUCAGUUUUUGGACCACAACCUAGCAAACAAGAUGUUUAUGGAUUACGCACGACCGUGAGCUGCAAAAAUCCAUUUAUUCUUUCUGUUCCUGACAACUGUAUGAAUCACCAGAUGCAGAAGGAAAAGGAAGUGGUUGCGGAUUGCAGUUCUACCGCUGGCUUGGAAAAUAUUCUGGCUAAACAUGAACACGAAUCCCCUUUGAAUCAAGGGGGCAAGCAUAACCUGGGAUUAAGGGGGAAAAUCUCCCCCAAACCUUUAAUGGGGAGGACAUCUCAAGCAGCCCGGAGAAGUUGUAAUGCAAGCUUCAAAUCUCCGGUUCUUCCUCCGAGGAGCUGUCAGCCUGCCGAUAAGGACAUUUUGCAGCACGAAAUCGAAGAGCUAAAACGCAAGGAGCUCGCUGUGGAUCAGGAAAUAGCCCAAAUCAAGACCGAAGGAUACAACCUGGAGGAACUGGAAAACCACAUUACUCUGCUUCAUGAAUACAACGAGAUCAAAGACGCCGGACAAAUGCUUUUAGGCAGAUUGGCUGCGAUCAGGGGCGUCACCACCAAAGAUCUCUACCCUGAAUUUGACCUGGACCUUAAUGAUUAGGCGGGAUGUAAAACGUUGACGCACCACCUAGACUGUGGAAAUAUAAUACGGGGUGAAAAAACAACCACUGUAAGUUCAUUAUUCCCCCUGGAAAUAUCGAUGAAAGAAUAGCUUUAAUUUUGGGGGCAAAAAUAAAUCAUUUAACGGAUGGAGAAGCUGUUGGGUUUAUUGCUGCCAUUUAGAGAUGGAAAAGAACAGAAUUUUCUGCACUGGAUUGAGGAAUUGUUAAUGGUCUUAUUCGUUGCGAGAGUUGACCAGGCUUAAAAUAUAAAACCAUAAAAAUAGCAAA